AUGUUUUUUGUGUUUUCCUUUAUAUUGUAUACAGUUUAUAUUUGCGAGACAAAUAACUUCGUUUUGAAAAAAGACGAUUUAUUGAAUAGUGAACAAGAUGACAAGAAUCUUUUCUUACAAGAUCUACAAUAUACUAACACAUCUGGUUCCACGACUCGCAAAUCGAUGUUUCACACAGUGAAGAAGUUCACAAAAACUCAAAGUCCAAAUCCAAAAUCGAGAACGUUAGACAAAAGACUGUCUGAUGAAAUUCUUAUAAAGCGCCAUAUUCAAGAAAAGGAUCUUCCUAGUUCAUCAGUUUUCAAAAUGACCAAAAGUGUUCCAUCUUCGACACCAGAAUUCGAUCAGAAAUGGCCAGUAGUAGAACUUCUUUCUGAGCCCGAUGAUUUUAAGCAGUAUUUCAACGAAUUUGAAAACAAACAAUUCCAUUUUUUCCACGAUGCUGAAUCUAAAUCCAAGAAAACAGAAUUUCAGCAAAAUAAUAAUUCAAAAGAUAAAGCUAUUGGUUUAAGAAGCUUACCUGGCAUACACUGUGAAGAUGGUGACCAAUGUGUUUGCAAUCUUCCGACUAAGACCGGCACUCCAAAAACAACGACCUCGAAGUCGACAAUGUCUUUUCCUAACGGCUUGGGUUUUGGUAUAGGUUUACCCCCGAUAGGCAUUCCAAUGGGUGUUCCAAUGGGUUUUCCGAUGGGAGUACCGCCUGGGUACCCAGCGGGUAUACCAGCAGCUAUUCCAGCGGCUAUUCCAGCUGGUAUUCAAAUAGGUGUUGCCCCGAGUCUUGUACCUUGCCCUGCAGGCAUUCCACAUCCUUACUAUCCACCAUCUGUUACUAACGAAGAAUCAAAAACCAAGAAACCAUGCCAUAAGAAGCAUCUCCGCCAAAACAAAUUACAAUUAGAAGAUAACUUAUAUUAUGAAGAAGACGAAGAACCUCUAAGAAUUGAUAUGUACGAGGAAUACGAAAUGGAUAUGAAGAGCAGAAAGCAUAAAAAGCAACACAGAGAUGACUACUAUGCUUUUGAAGAAAAACUCAACAGAAAGCCUUACCAGAAAGUUAUGUCUUUAAAUAAACCAAAAGACUUGAGAGAUGGUUGCAACGGUCUAGAUAAAAAAUAUGACGACACAGUUAUUAAAAACUGUUAUUGCUGUUCGGCACUUUUUCAUAGUGUUAAUAAAGUAGUAUUAAUUUUGUUAAUAUUUGUAACUUUUUGUUAA